UCCAAGAAUCAGGCCAUUAUUCUGGGGCAGAGCCCUCUUCCUGAAGGCUCAGGAUAUAAAAGAAUGCCGCAAGGCAGCUCAGAAACGCAUUAAGCCAUCGUCCGCAGGAGGAAACAGAAUUCGGAUUCAUAUUCAUCGCUCAAUUACAUAAGCCAGUUAUGUCGAUCAACUCAAGUCUUGUCAUCAUUGCAAUGACGCUGCUAGCAUCCACUGGUGCCCAACCAGUGAGCAACAUGGAAAGGGAAGCUAUGGUGACUACGAUUAGUCCCAAUCUCGACAUUGAGGAGAUGAUACCCAUGAGGUAUAACUUUGUCACCGAACAUCGGCCCACUUCACUGGGUCAGAACUAUUACCUGAAACCCGGACAAAUAGUCGGCAGCAUAAACCUGGACUCGGACACACUUCAGGUGCGCCAUGACCAGGAUGAUGGCAAGCCCGUGGAAAGGAAGCACAAUAUUCUGUUCGUUGCCUACGCUAAGGAUUUGGAGCAAAUAUCCAGACUUCGGAAGUGAUAAUAUAUUAUGGAAACACUAAUUGCCAUUUUUUUUAUAAUUUCAUUUCUUUUAUGAAAUCUCUCAUAGACUUAAAUACACAUUUAAGCAGUGCCAAGUAUUAGAAGUUCAUUUACAUUAAAUUCUCAUUUUUUAGAUUUUCACGAAACAAAGAUAAUUGUGAUUAGAAUUUCUAUAUAAAAGUCUCUUGAAUAUUAUAAAGUAUCUG